AUGCUUGCAAAAAUUCUGCCUUUUGCACCAGUUGUUUGUGUUGUCUCCACUUGUCUCCUUGUGGCAAGUGCCAUUGCCCAAGUGGCAGACCCAAUCAAGAGUGCUGGCAUGGCGUUGCAGAUCCCUGUGUUGUUCCUUCACUUGCUCGGCGGUCUUGUGGGUUACGGGCUACCAAGAUUCUGCGGCUUUGAUGAAAUCUCUUCCCGUACCAUGGCUAUCGAGACAUCUAUGAAAUCCUCUGCCUUUGGUUUCUUGUUGGCCAAACUUCACUUUGGUGACUACGCUGCCCGUGUGCCUUCGGCUGUCAGUGUGUUUUGGAUGGCUCUAACAGGAUCCAUUUUGGCUGUCAUCUGGAGGUACAUCCCUGUCAAAGAGCCAACUGGAGAUGAAGUGAGCCCUCUUAAGAAAUGCCUCCAAUUCGUUGGCCUCGCCAAGGAGUAA